AUGGACACUGAGCCUGCGUCCGAGCCUGCAUCCGAGCCUGCAGCAGAGCUGUCCUCGAGCACUCACGAGGGACCAGGAGCGGCGGCAGCGGCGGCGGCUUCGAUCGGGAGGGAGGCGACGAGCACGCCGACCACCAUCUACAAUCAGGCGGCGUCGGCGGGAGACGUUCCGGCCGCGGUCGCGACGCCUCCUCCGCCAGCAGCCGGCGGUGCGCCCGACGCCAACGGCGCCGGCGGCGAGGCGCCUCGGGCCAAGGCGGGCGCUGCGGCGACGAGCGGGCUGUCGCGGGUUGCGCAGCUCACGGCGAGGGUCGAGAAGGACCCGCUCGACGGCGAGGCCCAGCUCGCGCUCCUGCAGGACGCCGAGUCCAAGGGCGACCUCGAGAGAACUCGCGAGGUGUACGAGAAGUUCCUCGCCGUGUUUCCCGACGCCGCUCAGCAAUGGAUCGCCUACUGCAACCUCGAGCUCACGCACAACCUGUUCGACCGCGUCGAGGCCAUCUUCGGCCGGUGCUGCCGCUCGUCGACCUCGGUGGACCUGUGGCGCUUCUACCUCGACUACAUCCGCCGCGUCAACCCGAUCGACCCGGCCAACCUCGACCUCGCCAAGCAGGCUCGGUCCUUUGCCCUGUCGCACGUCGGACACGAUCGCCGUGCCGGCGACAUCUGGGGCGAGUACAUCGCGUUCCUCAAGGAGGCGCCGACUCGCGGCACGUGGGAGGACCAGCAGAAGAUGGACCAGCUGCGCAAGGCGUUCCAGCGAGCCGUACAAGCCCCGCUCAACAGCGUCGAGAUGAUCUGGCAGGACUACAACGCGUUCGAGAACAACUUGAGCAAGAUGACGGCCAAGAAGUUUAUCGCCGAGCUGUCGCCCGCCUACAUGACGGCCCGCAAGACCUUGCGCGAGCUGCGCGCCCAGCACGACCACCUGUACGCUCCGCUCCUCCCUCGCCGGCCCGAUUGGUCCGCCCCCGAGGAGCGUGAGGCCGUCGAGGGCUGGAAGCGCUACCUCGCGUUCGAGGAGACCAACCCGCUCGAGCUCGAGGACCCGAACCUGCUCCAUCAGCGCGUCAACUUUGCGUACCGCAAGGCCAUCUCAAAGCUGCGCUUCCACCCCGAGAUCUGGUACCUCGCGACGAGCUUCAACCUGCGCAUGGGCCGCGUCGAGGACGCGCACAAGCAGCUUCGGGAGGGUCUUUCGGCCAACAAGAGCAGCCUGCUCCUCGCCUACACGCUCGCCGACCUCGAGGAGGGCAAGCCCGACCUCGCCGCCGCCUACGCCAUCUACGACUCGCUCAUCGAGCACCUCAACGCGCGCGUCGCGCAGCUCGAGGCCGACGCCGACGCCGAGAUCUCGGAAGCCGCGCUGAGGAGCGAGAUCCGGGAGAGGCGCAGGCCCGAGAUCGAGUCGGUCAAGAAGGCGGUCGCCAACGUCUGGAUCACCGAGAUGCGCUUCGCGAGGCGGUCGGACGGCCUCAAGCAGGCGCGCAACAUCUUCCUGCGGGCCAAGAAGUCGCCCAACAUGGCGUGGCAGGUCGUCGAGGCGAGCGCCACGAUGGAAAUGUACUGGAACAGCGAGCCCAAGGUGGCGACCAACGUGUUCGAGCUCGGCUUGAAGAUGUUCGCCAACGAGCCCGACUACAUCCUCCGCUACCUCGAGUUCCUCAUCCAGCAGAACAACGCCAACAACGCUCGCGCCCUGUUCGAGCGCUCGGUCUCGCUCCUCGGGCCCGACCAGGCCAAGCCGAUUUGGGACCGCAUGGCGGCCUACGAGUUCCAGUACGGCGACCACCUGGCGGCGCAGAAGAUGGCCAAGCGCUACGCAGAAGCAUUCCCCGACACGCCCGCCACGACCCGCUUCGCGCAGCGUCACCAGCACCUCGGCCUCGAGGACGCCUUUGCACAAGACCUCGGCCCGUCCUUCGUCCGCCAGCUCAAGGGCGACACGCGCUCGGGCCGC